AUGGGCGUGAUCAACGCGCAACCUGCCUCCUCCCUCUCCGUCGCGCUGCCACCACACCUCGCACCGGCGUUCUUCGAGUCCCUCCGCCACGUCGACGUGCUCGAGCUGCGCGUGUCCGCUGCUGGCCGGGACGCGGUGCAGCCGUUCGUCGGAUACUUGAGCCGCUGUGGGCGCCUGCAGCGGCUGGUCGUCGCCUUCUCACCUGGGGUCGACAUCGCGCCCGUCCUCGCUGCCGUGAAGGGGACCCGGCUCAAGCGCGUCUGUUUGUGUGGCCUCGGCUUUGUGGAGUGCAAGUGCCGCGUCCAACCCAUCGGCGCGUCCACCCUCGGCGGGGUGCUCGACGCGCACUGCGCGGCGUCGUACAGGCAACGCUGCGCCGCGCUGCGCGUGCUCGUCGUCGCUCGUGUCCUGCUACACGCGCGGGCGAAGCGUACCCGCCGGUGGAGUCGUGCCCUGCCGGAGACACAAGGGCAUGGGAACGAAGGCUGCGCGCCAGCGGUGUUCCGCCGGCCCCGCGUCCCGGCCGCCCCGCUCCUCUCCCUGCCGUUCGAGCUGCGCGCGCUCAUCGCGUCGUUCGUCGCUGACCCCGACGAGGUGGGCAUCGACGGCGUGCGGAGGCUCAUUCGGCUCGCGCGGGAUCGUGGGUCGUUGCGGCGGGUCGCGAGGGGGCUCGGGCGGCUGGUCGACUCGCGCGAGGUCUCUUCUUGGGCUGAGGCGCGGGACGAGUGGCUUGCCAUGGGUGGGUUUGGGUAG